CUACAGCAAAUCGGCACGCAGCACACGUCGAUGCUGAAGCCGUCGAUGUCGCUGGAGCACACAUCGAGCAACGUGACCCUGGAGACCAUGAUGGCCGCGAACAUGCAUGUGGGCCAUUGCGCGUCGUUGUGGAACCCGAUGAACCUGCCGCACAUAUUCGGCGAGCGCCAGGGCGUGCAUAUAAUCAAUCUGGAGCAUACCCUGGCGGCGCUGCGGCGGGCCGCGCAGUUUACGCGGUCAGUGGCCUACCACGGCGGCAUCAUUCUGUUUGCGGGCGCCCGCUCCCAGCACCAGCAGCUGGCGGUGGAUGCUGCGCAUUUCUCCGACCAGUACUUUGUGACUGGCAAAUGGGUGCCUGGCACACUGACGAACCCGCAGUCGCUUUUGGCCAAGCACCAGCUGUCGCGGUAUCUGCGCAAGCUGGCCGACGAGAAGGCGAAGCUGAAGGAGGAUGCGGGCAAUGUGCGCACCUUUGCGCCCGAUCUGGUCGUGGCCCUGAACCCGCUCGAGUCCCGCACCAUGCUGGCCGAGACCCGUCUGCGCCAUGUCCCGACCGUCGGCAUUGUCGAUACCAACUGCGACCCGCGUUGCGUCUCGUAUGCCAUCCCUUGCAAUGACGACAGCCUCCGCGCUGUCUCCGUCGUUGCUGGCGUUCUAGCACGCGCCGCUCGUGACGGCAUGGACCUCCGUCGCCAGCAG